GAGAGAGAGAAAGAGAGAGAGACUGGAGCGGCGACAGAGCAGAGCGCACGGAGCAGGGCGCACACACACACACUUCAUCCCUCCCUCCCUCUCCCUCUCUCUCUAUCUCGCUCUCUCACUCACUCACUCACUCACUCACUCUCGCGCACAGACUGGGAGAAAGCUGCGCCUUUUCUUCGUCCAGACAUUCACUCUCACUCAUUCACUGGCGCACACACACUUCGGGCGACGGACAUAUGUCGAUAUAUGCAACAGAUCUGUCUACAAGGACAGCGCCGUGGUCUGUUUUUGUGCGCCAUUCUUUCACAAAAGAAGAAAAGUUUAGUUAGAUAUUUAUCCAUUUAUUUAUUUUUUAAAUCUAUUUUGCGGACUUCUUUGCGGACAGUGGGCAGCAGCCGAGGAUUCAACAUGCCAGACGUUUGAGAAGACAUCUAUUCUUCCCCCCUCCCACGAUUUUUCCCUCUGUGGAAGUAAUCGCCACAGUGUGCGCACAGAAGAUGGGCGCAAAAAUGAUCCAAACCAAAGGAAAUAUAUUCUCUUCGGCACUACUCAAACUACUGCUUCUGGUCGCGCUUAUGCACGGCGCCACCGGUAAGACUUUGAAAUAUAAAGUUUAUGAGGAGCAGAAAGUGGGCACUGUUAUUGCACGGUUAAAGGAGGAUGUCGCCGGGGUUUUAUCCAAACUACCCAGUUCCCUGACCUUUCGGUUCCGCGCUAUGCAACGGGGGAGCACGUCGUUCCUGUCUGUCCGGGAGGAGGACGGGGAGAUCAGCAUUGCCACCAAAAUCGACCGUGAGAAGCUUUGUGAAAAAAACUUGAAUUGCUCGAUUGAAUUCGACGUGGUCACUCUCCCGACGGAGUACCUGCAGCUGUUCCAUGUGGAGGUGGAAGUGUUGGACAUUAAUGAUAACUCCCCGCACUUCUCCCGCGCCAUCGUUCCUAUUGAGAUCUCCGAGAGCGCAUCCGUGGGGACGCGCAUCCCGCUGGAUGGCGCCGUGGACGCGGACGUCGGGGAGAACUCCUUGCACACAUACUCUCUGACACCCAAUAACUUCUUUAAGAUCGACAUCAGGACCAGGACAGACGGGGCCAAGUACGCAGAGCUGGUCGUGAUGAGGGAGUUGGACAGGGAGGUGCAGUCCAGCUACCAGCUGCAGCUCACAGCCUCGGAUAACGGUGUGCCUCCUAAAUCUGGCUCCACUUUGCUCAAGAUUAGCAUCUCUGAUUCCAACGACAACAGCCCAGCCUUUGAUGAGCAGGCCUAUAUCAUCAAUUUGCUGGAAAACUCUCCCCUUGGGACUCUAAUCAUUGAUUUAAACGCCACAGAUCCAGACGAGGGCACUAAUGGGAAAAUAGUCUACUCUUUCAGCAGCCAUGUAUCGCCAAAGAUCUUGGAAACAUUUAAGAUAAACCCAGAAAACGGCCACAUUACGCUUAUUAAAAAAGUGGACUAUGAAACCACUGCCUCAUACGAGCUAGAUGUUCAGGCUCAGGACUUGGGCCCAAAUUCUAUUCCUGGCCUCUGCAAAAUUGUGGUGAAAGUGGUGGAUGUGAAUGACAACAAACCAGAGAUAAACAUCAACCUGAUGACUCCUGGCAAAGAGGAAGUGGCCUACAUUUCAGAGGGUGCCCCUGUGGACACUUUUAUAGCUCUGGUUCGUGUUGAUGACAGUGACGCUGGGCUCAAUGGUGAAGUGGUGUGUAGGCUUCACGGCCACGGCCACUUUAGACUCCAGAAGACCUACGAGAAGAACUACAUGAUCCUCACCAAUGUCUCACUCGACAGGGAGAAGAGGUCAGAGUACAGUCUGACAGUCAUAGCUGAGGACAGGGGCUCCCCUAGCCUCUCCACCAUCAAACACUUCACUGUUCAGGUGCUGGAUGAAAACGACAAUCCUCCAUAUUUUGAAAAGAGCCGCUACGAGGUCUUCAAAUCAGAGAACAACUCCCCUGGAGCAUACUUAAUGACUGUGGUGGCCUCAGAUCCAGAUCUGGGCACCAAUGGCCAAGUCACCUACACCAUCAUAGAUGCUCUGGUCCAAGGGAGCCCCAUCUCCACCUAUGUCACUAUUGACCCUUCUAAUGGUGCCAUCUAUGCCUUACGCAGCUUUGAUCAUGAAGACGUCAGCCGGAUCUCUUUCACCAUUCAGGCACGUGACGGGGGAAACCCUGCUCUGUCAACUAACACCACCGUCCUGCUGACUGUUUUGGAUGAAAAUGACAACCCACCCAUCAUCCACUCCCCCUCCCUCCGGAAUCACACUGCCGAGUUGCCAGUGUGGAAGUAUGCAUCACCGGGUCAGCUGAUCACUGCUCUUAAAGUCACAGACCGUGACGCUGGCGCCAAUGGAGAGGUGAGCUGUGCCAUCGUUGGAGGCAAUGAGGAUGGACUGUUUGUGAUGGACGCUCGGCGAUGUGAGCUCAGAACAAAUGCCAGCCUGGAGCAGGCGCCAAGGGAUGUGAUGGAGAUCAGGGUGGAAGUGCAGGACAGGGGCACCAGUCGGCUGUCUACAGGGGCCCUCCUCAGGCUCUCUCUGCAGGAGACUAUGGACCUUCCACCUCUCUACCCCACUGGCUCCAGCCAAGCCCCACUGGACCUCUCCCUCAUUGUCAUCAUAUCUCUGGUUGCCGUUUGUGCUCUGCUGCUAAUCGUCAUGGUGAUGUUUGCCACUGCCCGUUGCAAUCGUGAGAAGAAAGACCCAAGGCACAACUACAACUGCAGAGUGGCAGAGAGCAGCUACCAGAACCACCCCAAAAAGCCCGCCAGGCAAAUCCACAAGGCAGAUAUCACCCUGGUUCCGACCGUCAAUGGGACCCUGCCUGUCCGUGCCCACCCACGCUCCCCCUCAGCCUCCCCUACACCUGAGAGGGGCACCCUGGGUAGCAGGCAAAGCCAUCAUAGCCGCCAGUCCCUCAAUAGCCUGGUAACCAUCUCCUCCAAUCAUGUGCCGGAGAACUUUGCCCUGGAACUGGCUCACGCCACACCUCCUGUAGAGCAAGUCUCACAGCUUCUGUCCAUGCUCCACCAGGGCCAGUACCAGCCACGACCAAGCUUUAGAGGCAACAAAUACACCAGGAGCUACAGAUAUGCCCUGAACGAGAUGGAUAAGUUCAGUCUGAAGGACAGCGGCCGUGGAGACAGUGAAGCCGGGGACAGUGAUUACGAGCCUGGCAGGGAGUCACCCAUGGAUAGGCUCCUUGGUGAGGGCUUUACUGAGAUAUAUGCCCCUGAUGGCCAGCACAGAACGCAUGCAGCUAUGAGGCUCUGCACAGAGGAGUGUCGUGUCCUGGGUCAUUCAGAUCAGUGUUGGAUGCCCCCACUGGCCUCCCCGGCGUCUUCCUCCUCUGACUAUCGCAGCAACCUCUACAUCCCUGGGGAAGAAGCCCGCCAAGCCACCGACCUCUCCCAGGAAAAGAUCCCACAGCCCUGCACUGACACUGGUCCCAACCGGAACCAGAGCUUCUCCACCUUCGGCAAGGACCCGGGUGGUGAGGAUGGUGGAGAAGAGGAGAGGGGAGAGGAUGGUGAGGGUGAAGCCAGAGAUGAAGACCUGUGUGGGACCACUUCAUUACUGUCUGAGAUGAGUAGUGUGUUCCAGCGGUUGCUACCCCAGGGUCUGGACUCGUAUGUCCAGGUCAAUGAGAACCAGAAGGGGACUAGCCUGAGUGGAGUUGGUGUCCCUAUGACUGGAUCUUUAGAUCGCAGGAGGGGCCAUCUUCCUGGCAAGUCCAACCCCUCUGUGCACCAGCAGGGUGUGGCCGCCUGGGCCGCUAACACCCACUUCCAGAACCCAGGAAGUAGCAUUGGCCCAUCUGGCCACCACCAAGGUGGCAGUUAUCAUACCCUGAAACCCAGCACCAAGCUCAGCUCCCAGAGUAGCAGCCACAAGGGCUCGCAGGCACCCAAAAACAGUCCCCAGAAUAGCGGCCACACUCCCAAACCCCACAGCACUCCCUUGCUCACAGCGCUGGUCAGCCCCACUCUGGUGCAGCCUUCCCCAGCCCCGGUGCUAGUGCCAGUUCCGCUCCCUGGGCCCUCCUCCAAAUGGCUGCCGGCCAUGGAGGAGAUCCCAGAAAACUAUGAGGAGGACGAUUUUGACUCAGUGCUCAGCCACCUUCAGGGCAAACGCAGUGACAGCCGACAUGAGCUGGUGGACGCCAGUGAGCUGGUAGCCGAGAUCAACAAACUUUUGCAGGAUGUUCGGCAGAGCUAAACUUCCUGUUUCCUUUUAUCUUUAUUUAUUAGCCACUCACUGACUUCCUUUACUUCAGAAUGAAAGUGAGGUACUGUGGGUGGCGAAAGAAGGACAGAAAAAAAAAUAAAGCAGAAACAGAAAAGACAAAAAAAAAAGACCUGCAAGUGUCGUUAAAGUUGCAUUUCUAAUGUAAUAAUUGUGUUUUGUGAAUGCUAAAUAUCCAAAAAAUUGUUUGUAAUUGCUGGUUUGGUACACAAUGUACACUAUGUGACGGUAUUUAUCUUUGUAUUUUAAAAAUACAUUUGUAUACUUAUAUUUAUAAAAAGUGUAUAUAAACUUAAUCAGAUGUCUAUUUUUAUAUUUUGAAUGCAUGUUGAGUAAAAAAAGAAAGUUGAAUCAAGACUUUGACAUGCGAUUGACAUUCUACAUAUUUAAAUUGUCUUUUGUAUUGUGAUUCUUUUUUUAUUUGUCAUUAUGAUAUGUAUACAUGAAUAUAUUAAUGAAUUAUUGGUCUUUGUGGAUUAUUGUGGGGAAACAUGAAUAAAACAAAUAAUAAUACACAAACAUUA